AUGGCUACCGGGAAAAUACACUGCAAACCAAAUCGAGACCCAGCACACCCGGACCAUAUUCCAUCACUAUUCCAGCAUGUUGAAAGAACACCUAAAGAAAAUCAGUCAAAGCUGCAACGGUUCGCAAGUGCUGUGAAAAGAAAGAUAGCCUUUAAUACACCAACACCAGCAAAGCGUCAGCGAAAAGUGCUAUCACCAUUAUGUGAAAGUGAAAACUCACAAGAAGAAGAGGUGUAUAUGGCCACCCCCCUUCAUGCAGAUGUGAAUAGUCAAUAUUUUGCUGAAUAUGAAAAAGCUCAGUAUAAUAUUGAAAUAAACAAUCUCCGUGCAGAAAAAGAGAAACUCAAAGAACAAAAUAAAGAACUUACAGACUCAUUACAGAGUGCAAAUUUAAGUUUCAAACAUGUUGAAAACAAUGAUGAAAAGUGUAAGUUUUAUACAGGAUUGUGCUGGGAAACAUUUAUUACAACAUUUCAGUUUCUGUCUACAUUUGUAAAACCAGCCCCAAAGAAUAGGAUGAUAAAUCUUGAAGAUCAGUUCUUCAUUACAUUGGUUAAGUUGAGGCAUGAUAUGGCCUUUGAGUUGAUAGCUGACUUCAAAAGGGUAUCAGUAGCUACAAUAAGUAUCAUUUUCUGGUUAUGGAUAUCACUCAUCAGUGCAAAAUUAGACUUUUUAAUCAAAUGGCCAGACCGUGAAACAAUAAAUUUGACUUCACCAGCACCUUUACAGCAAAGUUUCCUAGACUGA